UAUUAUUAUUGAUGGUAUUGUUGCUCCCGUUAUUUAUUUAUUUUAUAUCCAUUGUUUUAUAUUUUGUUUAGAACCCUGGUUUGUUGCUUACCGAACAAAAAUAACGUGAGAGAAGCAUGUUUAGCCACUAGAUGGCAGUGCAUAACCGAGAGGGGCGGACAUCCAUGUCUUCUUCAGCUGUUAGCUAAAAAUGUAAACAACACAUUUGCCCUCACUGACUUAUGGACACAAGUGUACGCUCUGCAGGUUGAAGAUAGACAUUACUAUAACGAACUGCUACAUAGAAAUAGCCUACUCGCGCUAGUUUUGAGGUGAUGCGCGGCGUAUUUAUUAUGUUAUUCUUUUGUGUUGUAAUGUAAUGUAAAUGUAUAGGCUACUAUCUUCCUGUUCUGGUAUUUCGUACAAGCAGUAGGCUACUGUACUGUAACUGUCACAAAAGUUGACUUGGGAAAUCAUACAUCAAUACACAACAGACUCUUGAGUCUGUAGAAGUCACUGGACUCUUCUGUGCAAAUGCCACCACUUACAAGUGUCAGAGGGACUAAAAGGCCAAAAUUAGAUUGGAAGUUUGUGCAGAGAUUGUGCAGUAUUCAGAGGGUCCUCUUUCCAUCAUGGUUCAACCAGAAUGUGCUGAUGUUUGGGACGCUACUUUGUGUUACACUGACAGAACAGCUUAUCAUUUACCAAGUGGGGGUCAUUCCAAGCCAGUUCUACGAGGUUCUCUCCAACAAGGACUAUGGAGGAUUCCGGAGCCUGGUUGGGUUUGCUGUCCUAUUGAUACUACUGAACUCCUCUCUCAAGAGUAUGGACCAAUACAUUUGCAGUCAGAUGUACGUGAGCUGGAGGAAGACACUAACGGAGAGCCUACACAAGGCCUACUUCCAAGGAAGAGUUUACUACACUCUCAACGUGCUCAGGGAGGACAUUGACAACCCAGACCAGCGCAUCAGCCAAGACAUAGAGAGGCUAUGCAAACAGAUGAGCACCAUGGCCAGCAGGCUAAUCGUCUCGCCUUUCACUCUGACUUACUACACGUACCACUGCUUCCACAGCACCGGUUGGAUUGGUCCUGUUAGUAUCUUUGGUUACUUUGUGAUCGGGACUCUCGCUAACAAAGUCCUCAUGGGGCCCAUCGUGUCAACACUGUUUGAGCAAGAAAAACUGGAGGGAGACUUCAGGUUCAAACACAUGCAAAUCCGUGUCAACGCAGAAUCUGCUGCCUUUUACAGAGCUGGAAAAGUGGAACACAUGCGGACCAAUCGCAAAUUGCAGACACUGCUGCAUACUCAGAAGACCCUGAUAAAUAAGGAGCUCUGGCUUUACAUUGGAGUGAACACCUUUGAUUACCUCGGUGGCUUCCUCAGCUACAUCGUCAUCGCCAUCCCCAUCUUCGCUGGGCUUUAUGACGGCCUCGGCCCCGGGGAGCUGAGCGCUCUCAUCAGUAAGAACGCCUUUGUCUGCAUCUACUUGAUAAACGGCUUUACUCAGCUAAUAGACCUGUCAACCACUCUGUCAGAUGUGGCCGGAUACACCCACAGGAUUGGGGAGCUGAGGGAGGUGAUGGAUGACAUCUUGAGGAGGCAGUGUGACUACGACCCGGCGUCGGGGGACACUUACGACUUUGACAGUGACCACGUCCAUGGGGGCCCAGUAGACACGGCCUUCAUCCUGGAGCGACUGUCCUACAAGUCCCCCUUCUCGGACGAGCUGCUGGUGGAGGACCUGAAUCUGAAGAUCAGCCAGGGCUCCAACAUACUGGUGGUGGGGAACACAGGCACCGGCAAGACCUCCCUCCUCAGGGUCCUCAACCGCCUGUGGGAGGCUCACAGUGGUUUUGUCCAGAUGACCUCAUGUUUUGGGCCGAGGGGGAUCCUCUUCCUGCCCCAGAAGCCCUACUUGACUGACGGGACACUGAGAGAGCAGGUGAUUUACCCUCUGCAGAACAUUUACCCUCAGUCAGGGUCAGUGGACGACGAGAGAAUCUUACAGUAUCUAGAAGUGGCAGGAGUGUCUAGUCUCCUGAAGAGGACAGGGGGACUGGAUGGGGAGGUGGACUGGAGCUGGUAUGAUGCUCUCUCUCCAGGGGAGAUGCAGAGGCUCUCCUUUGCCCGACUCUUCUACCUACAGCCCAAAUACGCAGUGCUGGAUGAGGCCACCAGUGCUCUGUCGGAGGAGGCCGAAGGACAGAUGUACCGUGCCUGUCAGCAGCUGGGGAUGACUCUGCUUAGUCUGGGCCAUCGCAGCAGCCUGGAGAAGUACCACGAUGUCCUGUUGAAAUUGUGUGGAGAAGGUCGCUGGGAGCUGACCAAUCUAAAAAAGGAUGUAUGAUUUAGCUACGGAUUAAGUAUUCAUCUCCAAAUAACUGUGCAGUAUGAACCAAUCAUUUUUAUGUCGCUUAUUUUGUCCUUGAUCAAGCUGAGAGAAUAGGUGCUUCGAACUCAGUUAAAAAACACUAUUCUCUUCAUGAGUCUUUUUUAAAUGAUCAUAUUUUGUACUACAAUAAAAGCUUAAUUUUAACGUGA